CGAAUCGAAAUCCGAACUCCAAAGUAGUAAUAAUAAUAAUAAUAGUAAGAAAUUCAAUUAUAUUAUUCAACCAGUGUAUUCAACAGACUUCGGAAUUAGACUAUCGGAGUUGUUGUUGACUAUCACCACGGCCACCGAGGCGCCGAGUGCAGACUGCCGACACUAGUACACUACGAUCCACAGUCGGGCCAGUCGGCCAAUUCGUUUGUCUCGUGUUUGACGUAAACUUCUUUCUGGUUCUAGUCAUCCUAGACUAGGAUUUUUAUACCUACGUUGUAUCAAACAAAUUGACAGGACCAUGGCGAAGAAGUUGUUGGGAUUGACUGCUGGACUCGCCAAGUCUACAUGUUUGGCUCGUAACCGYAAUUUGUACUAUGAUCUUGGUCUACCCCAUAGAGAUGCAACUGAUGAUCAAGUAACUAUAGAUGCUGCAGAAGCUACAUUAAAACAUAAUGUGGGCAUUAAAUGUGCAACAAUAACRCCAGAYGAAGCUCGUGUUGAAGAAUUUAAAUUGAAAAAAAUGUGGCUCAGUCCUAAUGGCACAAUUCGUAAUAUUCUUGGCGGAACAGUUUUUAGAGAACCAAUUAUAUGUAAGACWAUUCCUAGACUGGUCCCUGGUUGGACCAAACCUAUUGUUAUUGGUAGACAUGCACAUGGUGAUCAAUACAAAGCUACUGAUUACAUAGUUAAUAGGCCGGGCCAAUUGGAAUUAGUUUUUACUGAUCACAAAGGACAAGUAGAAAAGCUUAAGGUGUUUGAUUUCAAAUCCCCUGGUGUUGCAAUGGCCAUGUAUAAUUUGGAUGACUCAAUAGCUUCAUUUGCUCACUCCAGUUUUCAAGUGGCUUUGUUGAAAAAAUGGCCGCUUUAUUUAUCUACAAAAAAUACCAUUCUCAAAAAAUAUGAUGGAAGAUUUAAAGACAUUUUCCAAGAUAUUUUUGAAAAAAACUACAAGUCUCAAUUUAAAGAAGCUAAUAUUUGGUAUGAACAUCGUUUGAUUGAUGACAUGGUAGCUCAAGCAUUAAAAGGGGAUGGCGGUUUUGUAUGGGCAUGCAAAAACUAUGAUGGAGAUGUCAUGUCUGAUAUUAUUGCUCAGGGAUAUGGUUUNUUUUUUUUAUAUGUUUGA